AUGUCGGCAUGCCACUUCGUCCCGCUGGCGCAUUAUGAUUGGAGUCUACACCCGGCGCUCGAGGCGGUGGCCAUUCCCUGGAAUCCCACGGCAUACUGUCUAAUCGCGGGCUUCUGUGCGGUGUCGCUGUGGAUGACGGUGGAACUGACGCUCCAGGUGCUGUUCACGUUCCGGCGCCACAAGGGCCUCUACUUCUGGUCGCUGCUCAUCUGCACCUGGGGGGUGGCGCUGCACGUCCUGGGCCUCAUCCUGAAGCUCUUCAACGAGAGCAACUGGAUCGUGUCGAGCGUCAUCUUCAAGAUCGGCUGGGUCGGCAACGUCACGGGCUUCUCGCUCGUACUGUACUCGCGGCUGAACCUGGUCGUACACGACCGGCGCAUCCGCCGCGCCGUGCUCACCAUGAUCAUCACCGACGCGUUCCUGCUGCACACGCCCAUCAUCAUCUUCGACUUCGGCAUCUCCUCGCCGCACCCGCACAUCUGGUACCUGCCGAUGAAGGUCAUGGAGCGCAUCCAGGUGGUGUGGUUCAGUGUCCAGGAGACCGUCAUCUCACUCAUGUACAUCUGGUGCACGCGCGACUUCCUCAAGGACGUCUACUCGCGCCAGACCCACCGGGUCAUGCAGCUGCUCAUCACCGCCCAGGUCAUCGCCGUUGUCUUCGACGUCGUGCUUAUCACCGUCGACUGCAACAACAUGUUCACCCUCAAGGUUGUCAUCCACCCCUUCUGCUACGCCGUCAAGCUGAAGCUCGAGUUCAUCGUGCUGAACCAGCUGCUCGCCCUGAUCAAGCACGGCAUCGCACCCAGCAGCUUCCCGGCCCCGGACGAAGAGUCGCCCGACGCCAGUGGACCGACGCCCCCGCGGUCCGGCACGCGGGUGGGCGUCAAGCUGGACUCGUCUUUCGUGAGCACCGAUAUCACCGCCACCGACGUGCGGGACGCUGCAGCCAUUGACAUGUCGCGGAAAGAGUCGGUACUUCUGCCCUCGGGCGGACUUGGGCGAGACAUGGAAUACUACCGGCGAAGGCACAAGACCAGCACUACCGAUAACGAGAAUGGUGAUUCUGGGGUUGCAGGAGGUCAUUCCAAUCACAGGAACGGAUCGACCGCAGCCCAACCGCCCCCGAAUCCUGACCCCGAUGCAAUCGAACCACUUCCACUCACUGGCACUCCAUACAUAUCCCCUUCGCCGCCUCCGCCGCCGCCUGCUCCUCCUCCACCUCCUGACCUACCGACCGUGACUUCUUCACCACCAAGAGCGGCCCCAGAAGGAACAUCAAGGCCGUCAUUCGAACCGCAACCGCCCGCGCGAUCCCUCUCGGACCCGACACCGCUGGGUACCGCGCAGAGGGAACAGGACUCCGAGGCGAUUGUCGCCCAGAUCGAGAGGCAUUAUCUGGGGAAUUGGAAUGGGUAA